UAAAAUAGCUAAAAAUGUCGUUCAAAGGCUCCAAAGUGCAAAAGGUGAUGGUUCAACCCAUCAACCUUAUCUUCCGUUACCUACAGAAUCGAUCCCGUGUGCAAGUGUGGCUGUACGAAAACACGCAUCUACGAAUAGAAGGACACAUUGUCGGUUUCGAUGAAUACAUGAAUCUGGUGCUGGACGAGGCAGAAGAAUUUAAUAUAAAGAAACAGACCCGGCGUCAACUUGGGCGUAUCAUGCUGAAAGGAGACAACAUAACACUCAUCCAGAACGUGCAAAAUUAGCCGGUGUUGUCUAGAAAUGAGUUGUGUUUGGAAGUAAAUAACCUCUAAUUUAAGCUGU